UGGAGAAACAACAGAGGAAAAGAUUGAAAGAGUAUCACAUAGUGUAUGGAGGUAUGCACACACAUAUGCUCUUGGUGGCAGUGAUUUUUCUGCAGAAGACAGAGUACCAGUAUGGUAUGUGUUAGAUGAGUUGGGCUCAGGAUGUUGAGGAAGGUGAAUCUAUAACAAGAAAUUAUGUUGAAGGAAAUUACUCAGACCCUCUACAAAGAGAAGCUAUGCUAAUUCCUUGGAAGUGCUAUGAGAAUUUUGAUGAUGACUACACUCAAGAGGAGCCCAAUUCAGGUUAUUUUCUUGAGGGUCAUGUUGUUGAAGAUUUACCCGAUUUAGAAAUAUUAUGUACAAAUGAAACUUCUACACCUGAUAAGUUGAAAGUGUUUUCACAUUAUGAGUUUAUCAAUGAGCAUCUUACAGCACCCGAGUUUGAGAUAGUACAGAAUGAAAAUGAUGCUGAUAUAGUCUGGUUUACAGAUCAUUUCAAAUCAUUCAAAGAAUUCAGUACUAGUAGCCCAAAUAAAUUUGUAAAUCAAUUCCCAUUUGAAUAUGUUAUUACUAUUAAAGAUUUGCUAGCAAUCGUUUCUAGAAGGUGUGCUAAGAAAUGUGAUAAACUUGGUGUAUUGGAAACUAGUCCUGCGUGGUUACCCACUACAUUCAAUAUGAAGACCGAACUCUCAAAAUUUGUGGCUUAUUACAUGCAGAGAAAAAAUGCUGGCUUGGACAACUAUUGGAUCUGUAAACCAUACAAUCUUGCAAGAGGUUUAGAUACAUAUAUCACUGAUGACUUGUAUUUUAUGUGUCGUCUACCCCAGAGUGGACCUAAAAUUGCACAGAAGUAUAUUGAGAAACCAGUAUUGUUUGAGCGACCCGACAUUGGGCUGGUGAAGUUUGAUAUUCGAUAUGUGAUUUUAUUGACAUCAGUAAAUCCUACUGAAGUUUACAUUUACAAUAAUUUCUUUUUGAGAUUUUCAAAUAAACCAUUUGCAUUAAAUAAUUUUGAAGAUUAUGAGCAGCAUUUUACGGUUAUGAAUUACACAGAGAGUGCGUUGUACAGAAUGUUAUGUGCUGAAUUUAAGGAGUCAUGGGCUCAACAAAACACAAAUUAUAGUUGGGAUGAUGUAGAAAAGUCUAUAUUUCAAAUGAUUUCAGAGGUAUUUACAGCUGCCACUAGUGUAGAACCCCCAUGUGGUAUUGGAAAAAGUCCUCAAUCCAGAGCUUUAUAUGCUGCAGAUAUAAUGUUGAAGUGGCAGAAAGUAGAUGAUGACAUGCAAAUUCAACCUCAGUUGUUGGAAAUAAAUUGGAUGCCAGACUGUCGCCGAGCAUGUGAAUAUUACCCCAACUUUUAUAAUGAUAUUUUUUCUGUCAUGUUCCUAAAUAAAGAUGUGGACACCUGUACAAAGAUUUUGUAAGAGCAGAGACUAAUCUUAACUAGUCAUAUAAAUGCGAAAGUUUGUUACCUCUUCACACAUUAUCUAUUUGGACAGAUUGUUAUGAAAUUCGGUAAAUGGGUAGAAAAUAACCUGGAAUAACAAUUAGGGUACUUUUUAUCCCGAAAUUCCCAUGCGAGCGAAGCCCCGGGGCGCAGCUACUCUGCUUUAUAUUUAAGUAUUCCAGAUUGUACUGGCCAGUAUUAUCCAGAUUGUAGUCACAAAUUAUUUUAGUGCUAGUGUUUUACAUUUAAGUAUUCAAGUCUGCAUUCACAAGUAUUUACUCAAACUUUUUUACUUUUACAUUAUUGUUGAUGAAUAUAUGGAAAUGUGUUCUUAA